AUGGCAUCUCAUGCAAACUCCUCUGCUUCAUCAAAUUGUUAUGACAUUGUGGAACACAUUAUGAUCGAUAUAAAAACCAAACCGAAUGAAGAUCUGAUCAACGCAACUAAGUGUAACAACAUCUACAGAGUCCUAUGCAAUCUUCGGAAGCUGAAUAAGGAUGCCUGCACUCCUCAGUUGGUUUCAAUAGGACCACUUCACUAUGGUGAGAAAAAGCUAAAACCAAUGCAAACGCACAAACUUUACUACUUGGAUGUCUUCAAGGAACGUGUCAAGGGCAACAUUGGAGCCCUGCACAAGAGCGAUGAUGAUGUUAUAAUGAAACAAACAUGGCUGAACAAGAUUAUCCAGAGAGACUUGCUUCUGCUUGAAAAUCAGAUUCCAUUGGUCAUCUUGGAAGAGUUAUACAGCUCUGUCGUCCCCGCCUCCGUUAACAAGCGGUGCAAAUUCAUCGAGGUCGCUUACGAUUACUUCAAGUGUUUUCAUCCUUAUAAACAAGAUUGGGCUCAUCCCGAGCCCUCAUCCAGGGAAGUGAUUGAUCGUGAAAAAGGGUUGCCCUCUGAUGUUCUAAGGACAGUAACUAAGUUGAGGGAAUCUGGAGUGAGCUUUGAGAAAAUCGCCAACCCACCCUUACUAGGCAUAAAGUUGGAGAAAGUUAAAAUCUUGAGUUGGUUUCUGUGCUUGGGUUGUCUACCAAAAUCCUCGUACUUCAAAGCUCGUUUGCAAAUCCCACAAUUAAAAGUGGAUGACACAACAGAAUGUGUUCUAAGAAACCUCAGAGCCUUUGAGCAAUGUCACUAUUCGGAUCAACCUUAUAUUUGCAACUAUGUCUCUCUCAUUGACUCUCUCAUUCACACCAAAGACGAUGUUGAAUUGCUAGUUGAGAAGGAAGUCAUUGUCCAUGAACUUGGGAGCGACAAGGAAGUGACGACUCUAGUGAACAGUCUCUGCAAACAUGUUGUGGCGGACAAGACAUGCUAUAAAAAGAUUAUAGAUGAUUUGAAUGAACACUACCCGAGAAAAUGGUAUCGUACUAUGGCUUCGUUGAGGUUGGUAUACUUCAGAGAUGCUUGGAGAGCAAGUUCUACUUUGGUCGGAAUUGUUGUCCUCGUAUUCACAAUUUUCAACUUUUGCCGAGUUAUCAAAUUGGUCCUCUACCUCGAUCAAAGGCAACCUAAUUAAUUAGUCAUGAUCAUGGCAUCUUUGAAUUAUAAGUAACUAAAAUGACUGUUGAUUCUGUGAUAAAUAAUGUGAGAAGUUCUUCCUGCUGGUGCUUUUUUCAGAAUUUGGUGAAUAAUAUGUGAUCUUAGUAAUAUGUAUUAUUAGUGGAAGCCUCUGAAUCUGAAUGUGUAGAAGUUUAGAAAUAUGUCUUCAAAUAUCAGUUGCAUAAAUAAAGC